UAGCAAAAGAUCUUUUAAAAAGCAAAGACACUAACUAAAUGAACUUUAUUCGUAUUCUAGAUUUGGUGGCGUUGAGUUGUUGAUAAGAAAACGGGAAAAAGUGAAAAAAACGUUUAAAAACCAAAUUAAGAAAGAUUUCAAAAAGGCGAAUAACGAAAACGAAAAUAAUAAAAUAUUAUUUAAAUAAAAUAAAAAAAUCAACAUUAGAAAAAACAAUAUCAUUUAAAAGAAAGACCAAACAAGAAAAUAGUGCUACAUAAACAAUUAUUAAUAUAUGAUUUUUUUUAAAUAAAAAUUAUUGUUUAACGCACAAUUGAUGAAGAAUUGAAUAAGGCGUAGAGAGGAAGGCAUCACUUAAAAUCACAAAACAAAAAUAUCCGUUCAACGUUUUCAUCGACAACUAAUUCCAUAGGACUGGGUCCGUUCAACAAUGAAACAAAUUAUACGAAUACUAUUUUUAACCAUAAUUGGUUUCAGUUUAGUAGAAUUAACGCCAGCUCAAGUCACGCUUGGUGAUAUUCGGGGAACUCUGCAAUCUCUAAUUUAUUCCUACAAUCAAUUAGACAAUAAAUUAGAAAGACAUGAACAUCGUGAACGAGCCUUGGGUGAAUUAUUGAAAAAAGGUAUGAUGGCUUUGCAGAAGGGUCAAAAGAAUUUAGAACCUAUAAAUGGCAUAUUCUCACGUUUGGAUGAGCGCGUCAGUCAAAUAGAAACAAUGUUAAUAGCGCAAGAAGAAAAAUACAACAUACAAACCGAAAAACUGGGUGAAGUUUUAGAACGCAUCUUCAAAUGGAUGCAAGAGAAUGACGAAUGUUAUAAACGGCCACCAGUAAUGCCGAGUGCGGCUCUGUUGGCUGCCCCCAAACCAGCCGAACCUGCGAUACCACCUACAUUUGUCAAGGAUCAAGAAGAAAUUAACAAAAAACUCAUGGCACAUAUGACAACGCUAACGCAAAAUGUUGACAAACUAUUGGACGUGUCGAACAACAUGCUGGAGCAUACUGAAGUGGCAUUUAAGACAAGUCCAGUUACCCAAGAAAAAUUAUCGAAAAUUGAAGAUCGUUUGGUUAGUUACAGCAUGGCUACACCAGCACCACCUCUACCGCCACCAGUCAUUGUGCAACCAAAUAAUACUGUGUUCGAAAAUAAAGUCAUUAAAAUGUUUGAAGAUGUCAAUACUGGUUUGGCUAAUCUGAAGGAUUUACCCCAACCGGAAGUGGGUCUUUUAUUGGCCGAUAAAGAAUUUAUACAAAAUUUAAAUAAUGAAACACUCAGUGCAUUGGAAAAUGUUAAAGCAAAAUUACUAGAAGCCUCUGAAGCGGCUGUUACAAAAACUUCCACUACAGUUGAAAACCAUGGCAAGAAUCUGGCAUCAAAUAUAGAAACCGUCCAAAAGAAUGUCAUAGACUCUGCUGAAGUGUUGGACAAAUUCUACACCGAAAUGAAUAAUAGCUAUACUAAAUUUAAUGAAGGCCUGGAAAUAUUUAAUAAAUUCAAUAAUAUUCUAAUGACUAAUUCCGAAUAUGUAUUGGAUACUCAGCGUAAGGUAGAAUUCGGUACAGUGCAAAUUGUACAGAAAAUAACCGAUAAUUUGGAAAAACAAAAGAAUGAACUAUACGAAAUAAUGAAGGAACGUUUCGAUAAUGUUGAUGAAAUGAUGAUGACCAAUCAAAUAGAAACCAUGCAGAAUUUCUCAUCUCUCAUUGAAUCGGAAAUCACACAGGUGUGGCAUCAAAUCUCGAUAAUGCAUGAAGAACUGGGCGAUACCAAAGAUCUGUUAAAGUCGGUGGAUGCUCGCAAUGAACUGGCCGUCAACAGCACUUUUGAUAGUGUCAAUAUAAUGGGUCUUAAAGUGACAGACAUCAAGGAUCGUAUGCUAGAUAUGGAUUCUAAUUUGAAUUAUCUGUUGGGUAAAUUAUCGAUAAUUUCGCAAGAGUUUAAUAACAUUAAGAAGGGCCUGGGUGAGUCCCUAGGCGAGUUACAUAAAACAUUUGAAGAAAUUCAAAGCAAAAUGCCACAAAUAGCUGCCGAACAACCAAAUUUGGGAAAAUAUGAGACGGAAUUGAAGUUGUUAUCGAAACGCAAUAUAUUAACAUAAAUUAUACAAUAAUUAUAUAUUAAAAUUUAAAUGAAUAUUAACAAAUACGUAUGUAUAUGUUGUAGUGUUAUAGUAGUUUAAAAGAAAUGGCAAAAUUAAGAAAAUUUAUCUUAAUAGUUUUUAAGUUUUAAUAUUGUUUUGCUUAAUUAAAAUAUUAUACUAAAUAUGUACGAGCAUAUUAAUGCAAUUUUGCUUUAAAUGUACUUUAUAUUAUAUUUAUGUAUGUAUAUCUGUAUUAAUUUACAAAAAGAAGUGCCAAAAAAUAAAUAAAUAAAAUUAAAAAAAAACAA